AUGGAUUGUUGCAGCAGUGCCAACUACAUUGACUAUAGACAUCACUCGAUGAACAGUAACUUCUGCUACCCGUACACGCCCAGUAUGCUGCGAAGUGCGUCCCCUUACCCGUUGGCAGCACCGGGUCGGUACGGCCCCGACGGGGCCGUCGGAUAUCAAUAUCACCGGUCCAGCGCGCUCGGUUACGCGAGCAGCAUGGGCUACCCGCACGACGGAUACGGCGGCGGUGGCUACGGGACUUCCGGUUACUACGGGAGCUACUCUUCGUCGGCGUACCGCGAGUACAAUAUCGGCGGUGGCUACGGUCACUAUUACGGUCACCAGUCGCAAUCUCCUUACUCCCGCGGUUACGGUGCGGCCACAACCGGCGCCGCCUACCUAUAUCCGGGACGACAUUACCAAGGAUCGGGCACCCUGGCACCGCAGCACCCGGGAUUUGCCCGGGGAGACUCCUAUCUGUACCACCAUCCCCAGCAGCGCGGGGAACAGCCUCAGUAUUCGAGCUUCGCCAGCUACGGCAGUAUACCGACCCCGUUCCGGAGCAGCCUGGGCUCUGGUGGGGGCACCCCCAGCGAUCCACCGCCAGCCAAAUCGCCGUACGCGACAUCAUCGCCUGGCUUCACCACGACGGGAAGCAGCCACCUUGAACGACCCGUCAGCGUUGCCUCCGCCCUGCCCAGCGCUCCGAGUGGGGUCAACAGUUCCAACGGUUCCAGUGCGGCCCUGGAUAGUGCCGCCAGGUCUCCAUCGGCAUCCCUGUUCCCGAACGGCUAUUCGCCCAGCUCUGGCUACAGUCCGCUUUCUGCGUCCUAUGGUCCCACGGCAGCAGACGACAGUCCACAGCUUCCGCUUCAGCCCGAUCCGGACGAGGGAGAGGCCCGCAGAGAUGCGGCAGUAGCCGCACGCGGCGCAACAGAGUUUUCCCCGGAUGGCGGUAGCCCGAAGGAAGCGAGAGGGACCCGAAAGCCCAAGGAGCGCAAGCUGCAGCAACAGCAACGGGGGAUGAUGUACGGUGGUCAAACCAACGGCACUGGUGCUGGUGGGCGAAGCAGCAGUAGCGCUGGAAGUCGAGCCAGCAGCCCCACAGCAGCGGCGGCAGCGAGUGCAUCGGCGAGGAUGAAAUCACUGGAUGCACUUACAAACCUGUGCUGGCCCGAUGGGGAGCAGUUCAGUAGUAAGAUGCGAAAAUAUUCAAACGCCUCCGGAUUAAAGUCUAAAGAUGGAGCCAACAGUCGAAAGCAAGAUCUCAACGAUCAUGAGUUGAGUGCUGCGGCAUCUCCCAGCAGGACUACCGGAGCCGGUCGGCGGCCUAAAAAACAGACCAAGCAACAGAAAGAGCUCAAGUCGUCCGAUGGCAAAGAAAAACAAGCAAACAGUGCCGCAUCCGUGACGUCGGUGCCCCCCGUGGAAAAUAAGAACGUCACGCCACUUCCGGGCUUCCAGCAAGCGUUCGGAUCGACGGAGAUCGGGAAAUUCUCCGAGGUGUUCUUCAACAGCAGCCCUACACCGAACGAGUCCAGUCCAUCCCAACACCACCACGCAAUGCACCAUCCACAACAGCAGCAACAGCAGCUGCAACAUCAACAACAACGGAUACAGCAGCAGCAGCAACAACAACAGCAGCAGCACCACCACCAUGGCGCCGUUCAACAGCUGCUGAUGGACUCGCUGAACGCGUACGAAUCCGACGUUGACACGUUAAGCCCACAGUCCUGGGAACCACCUCCGCCAGCGGCGGCGCCGGCUACGGCCGAAUCGUAUGAGGGCUGCACCGGCUACAACCACCUGCAAAUCGGGACCUCCUUUCAUCCGUCGUACUUCGAAUCGUCCUCCUACUCCGACCACGCGGUAGACUCGCCGCUCGGGAGCUACUUUAGCGAAAUGACAUGCAACGAGUUUGUGAAUUAG